AUGCAACCUAAGCCUCCAGAUGAUGCAAGCUCAGAUCCCAGUCUCAGUCGAACGGACGUCGGUGGUACCAUAUCCAGCGAAUCUGAAUCACGCCCUGUCGAGCCGUGGCUGAGUGAGCGUGCUCGAGCCGAAACCGAACCAGCCUACAAAUCAAGGAGGCCUGCUCCGCUCCACGAGAUUACCCCCUUGGUCAAGUCCCCUACAGCACCGCAACCUUCGCCAAGCGGUAGCAUUGGACGAAGCUUAGGUAGACUAUUCAGUCGACGUCGGUCCCAAUCCGCCACUUCUCGGCGAGAUGUUGUACGACAGGCUCUUAGCGACGAAUCAGAGCCCUUCGACAAGAGUCUUGCAGGCCAGAGUGUGUUCAGUCCGGGUAGCGAACGGUCGUUCUUCACAGCAGAACCUUCCCCUCUCGCCACUUCACCAUUAAGGGCACCCGAGCCUUCACCUAGCCAUGAAGAGUCUUUGAAGGCACUUGAAGGGCUGGCGCUUGAAUCAACCACUGCUGUCCCAACAGCUGCGUUCGUCGAGUCUGCCGCCGAGCCAUCAAAGAGGUCGGGACAGGUACUACCUUCCGAUCUCGACGUAACAAACUCGCCAGAGCCAUUCGUAACGUCCGAGAUUCCCUCUGCCCCUGAAGGGUCGGAGCUGAUUGAGGCUCUCCGACGUGUUUCCAUGGACUCGGCCUCCUCUUAUGGCUCCAUUGGCUUUACUGAACGUACAACAAGCUCAAGGUCGACUGCGCCUCAGGUGGAUCCAAUCCCAAUCGAACCGUUCAGCUCGCCAGACCUUGCACUGCUCAAGAACAGCAUCGUCGAUAUACCUGCACCACUGAGACCAAAGCUACCAGAGCUGUCAGCCGAAUCACCCACAGAUCCUCUAUUUCAAAAAGGGCGCCUGUCUCCAAUCCCGGACUCAGGGUAUCACCCACAAGAUUCCCUCGAUGCCUUGCCCUCGAUCCACGUGGAGCCAGAGACGAACCCAGAACCAACGCAGGCUCCAGAGCCUCGGCCACCAAUGCGCAGCAAGGCCAAACUGUCGGUACCAAACAAGGGUGUGUGCCGUGGCUGUUCUCAGCUCAUCCUCGUCGGACAGAAGUCAGUGUCAAGUGCAGACGGGCGACUCACGGGCCGUUACCACAAAGACUGCUUUGUUUGUCAAACUUGCAAAUCUUCCUUCCCGACUGCCGAGUUCUACGUUCACAACGAUCACCCUUACUGUGCACACCACUAUCACGAGCUCGAAAAUUCUCUGUGUGCUACGUGUGGGAAUGGCAUAGAAGGCCUAUACAUGGAAACAGCCAAUGUGGCAGGCCGAGGAAAAGAGAAACACCACCCGGACUGCUUGAAAUGUACGACUUGCAAAAUCCGAUUGGAUCACGAUUACUUUGAGCUUUCCGGCAAGGUGUACUGCGAACGAGAUGCAUUUAGACUUGCAAGCUCGCCAAAGUCACCCUAUAACGCACCCAGUCGUCCGAGUCCCUUGGUUCGAGAAUACAUCUCCAGCGGAGACCCUGGACUCGUGAAGGGCAGGAACUUCCCCGAGCGAAGAACGACCAGACUUAUGACCAUGGAUUAA